GCUGCAAACGUCUCUUUCGUUAUCCGAACUCUCUUUCUCCCCUCCGUUUUCUCUGUGUGUGUUUAAUCACUCGCGGAUGUCGGGAGUAGAGUUUCUGAGCUCUUCCCGAGCUAUCGGACUUCCUCGACUCUACGGACCUCCAGGCACCGGAUGGCCUUUUGCCAAAAUAUUCUUGGAUCCAUACUACCGAUGCUUCACGUCUGCCCGCGAAGACGAAUCGGAAAAGCGCCAGGAAGACGCGGAGCAAGAAGAAGAAGAAGAAGAAGAAGAUCUACCAAAAAAAUCACAAGGCUUGCCCGAAGCUAUCGGUGACAUUUGGUGCCGAGGUAUUCGAUCGCCUGUUGUACUUUUUUGGACGAGUAAUUUUAUGACCUCAGAUUGGAACGCGGUUCCGAAGAAAAAAUUAUUAUGGUCGGUUCGUUUGCGAGGUGAGCUUGCAAGCUACUCGGAAAAACGUGGAUCGGCACGAUUUUCGAUUCAUGAAUGUCAAAAGAAAAAUGGAGAGAAAAGAAUCUUGUAAUUUUCCACUUCUUCAGGAUAUCCGUGUAUGAAAAGUAAAGGAAGUUGGAGAAAAUGAAUAAAAGAACUGGAAUAUACAUUUUGUAUCACAUUACCCGACACGCGAACUCUCGGUUCAUAACGUUAUGCAUAUUAUAUCGUAAAACAUAAACACAAAUAU